AAAAAAUUAUUUCUUUUUCCUAGAUUACAAAGCAAAAAUGGGACGAUUGUUCAGGAGUGUCAUGAAGUUGGGUCUCACUGGAGGAGCUGUGUAUGGAUCAUGUAAAGUUGGUGUGUGGGGGGAUGGCUCAAAUACCACCAAUGUUCUGAAGAAUAUCGACGAGUCACUCAAUCGUGUUCCUGGCCUUCCCAUGCUAAAGCAAGAAUUGUCCAAGAUAGAAGUCAUCCCCGAGGACUUGAAGGAUAAGAAGAAGGCGAGAGACUACUGGAACACUGGUGUGAUAGCCAUCUUUGCAUUUAUCAUGGAACUGCCUGAACUUUCACAAAAAUGGGCAUGUGUUUCUUAUCGCACCAUAUCAGCCUACAUGCAAGACAUUACCAAGGUUCGAGAACCACAGAAUAAGACUUAGUAACUUAGAUGUUGUGUUGCUCUUUUCUCCUUAGUGAUCCAUGAGUCAAAUAUUCCGCAGUGAGAAUAAAGUCUUCUCCGUG